AUGAUUGAAAAGCGAGAGGACAACAAGGAUAGAACCGUCGACCCACUCGAUUCUUCUCCAGUAUGGAGUGGGAAGGAGAACGGAGACAGGGCGCUUUGUGAAGCGGAUGUCGUUGUUGAUUCGUCCGAAGAACCCGCGGAAUCCAGCCGAACCACAGAGCAAACGAACGAUGUAGUUGCAGCCGAGCAAGGUAAGGAUGAUGUCUUGCAUGGCGAGCUUUCGCAACCAGGGUGUGUUGUCAAUGGGUCUGAGCGACUACCGACGACCACGCAAUCCAGACUGGACUCCAGCAAUGUCUCUUGUAAUACCCGUGCUGAGGAGCGAGUUUCCAAAAACGGAUGGUCCUUUGGAAGAGAAGGGGUUCAAGAUGUCGCAAUUUCCAAAGAAGAGCUAAGCAACGGGUUCCAGCGAACUCCCGAGGUUCAGGUAUCCCAGGAAAGUGUGGAGAUGACAGCAAGCGAAGUCCUGAAGAAAGACGUGGUGCCGAUGACUGAGAACAUCGCUCAAAAUCCAGGUCUCGAGGAUACAGCACUAUCUGAGGAUGAUGACGGCAGCGUGUCAUCGUCUCAACCUCAAUCGCACCUGCAGCCGCCAUCGGCACCUGCUAAGCAGCUCCUCGAUGACCAUAAGACUCCCUCCAGAGACCAGAGCUGCAGACCACAAGCAUCAACCAAGUUGCCGACGCAGAUACCGAAACUUGAUGAUCGACCAGCAUUAUCUGAGCAAGAAAUUUUGAAACAGCCCACCAUACAAGCAGCUCCGACUGAGUCGCACCUGCCCAGUAAACCCGAGGUUAUCAGCCGAGAUGAAAAAACUCAGAUGCUCAGCCCCAAGUUCGAAGAGGUAGAGGCGCUCCGCAAGCGUUUUGUUAGACAGAUUGAAGAUCAAGAGCAGCGCUUCAAGCAGCGGGAACGAAAGCUUAAUGCUGAGCGCGAGUUCCUAAAUGACAACCUUGAGGCUACUCACGCAGAGAUUACGCGUCUUGAGAGCCUCCAGGCUCUCCCUCAAACACUCAAUCCUACCACUCGUGACCAAGGCACUCGUGACCAAGGCACUCAGACAGAGACAUCUACUGGUUCACUAACCCAAGAGCCGAAGCUACAAGGCAGACCACCACUACUGCUUCACGGAAUUCUAGAAAAGCCUAGCAAUACGGCACCAUCUUCAGUCAAGCCGCGAACCCAGGAGCAGAAGAGUUCAGACGCCAGGCGAGAAUCACGGUUCCAUGAUACUCUCAAGUCACAAAACAGGGAUCAUAGUAAGAACAUGGCGCAACCAGCGCAGGAGCAAAAGGAGGCAGAAUUCGAGCGAAAGAUCCACAGUCUGGCUCGGCAGGUUGCUGCGGAGGCUCAAGAACAG